AAGAUGGUUCAGAUUGGAAACAGAUAUAACUGUUGGAAUUGAAGUUUCUGUCUUUGCACUCAAGUGUACAGUCGAAGCCAGUGUCUUUCAUGGCUUUCAUUGUAGAAGAAUGUGAUAGUCUAGCUGAGCAUUGGACGACAUAUUGUAUGAAAUUAUUUUUCCUUCUGUAGACUGAACAUAAAAUGAUACUAAACAAUCGCGACAUAGAUUUUCAUCUAUUGUUUGGCUUGCAGACCUCAAUGUAAAAAUUAGUGAAAACGUUUGUGACACUAUUGCUACCAAAAUGUAUGACAUUGAUCUAGAAUGCGCUGAGCUUUGUCUCAUUGACUCUGGAAUCAAAUCACUGAGGGACAUACCUCUUGGGAGACAGCUUUGUGUUCUAAAUCUUCACAACAAUUCCAUUCCGAGGAUUGAAGGGCUUGAUGCCUUGUGUAAUCUAAAACAUCUGGACCUGUCGUCCAAUAGAAUUGAAAAGAUAGAAGGACUUGGUGGGUUGCACUCUUUAAGAACAUUGAACUUGUCUUGUAACAGACUUAAAGUUGUGGAAGGGCUUCAGAACCUCAGAUGUUUGGUGAAGCUGAAUUUAAGUUAUAACCAAAUUGAGGAUGUUUCUGGAUUUGCCUCCCUGUGGGGGAAUGGUUAUAAACUGUCACACAUAGAAAUCCAUGGCAACUACGUGCAGAGUGUCAACAGAUUCAUCGAAACCCUGACUGGAUGUGUGAAUGUUCAGUGUUUAAUUGUGAGACAGGGACCCUCCUCUAACCCCCUCUGUAACCAGCCAGAUUAUAGAGAACGUGUCCUAAGAGGGUUGCCUCAGCUUCAGGUGUUAGAUGGUCUGACCAGAGAUGGACAGCAGGCUCGGUCCUCAGAUGCAGUGGACAACAUUCCAGGUGAGAACUGGGAUCAUUUGCACAAAGGGAUAGUGAGCCUGAGUUGA